AUGGACGUCCAUCGGUGUCGAUUCGUCCCCUACAAGCCGUCCGCGAUCAACGCCAUCGCCUUCUCGCACCCAAAGACGCGGUCGGCCCUGCAAGCUUCGAACGCUAGACUUGCGAUCGGACGAGCGAAUGGCGACAUCGAGAUCUGGAACCCUUCGAAUGGCUCCUGGAACCAGGAGCUCAUCAUCCCUGGAGGCAAGGAUCGAAGCGUCGAUGGACUUGUUUGGGUCAACGAGCCCGACCAGGAUCUCGGCGAUGGACGCGUCGUCGCUGGAAAGUCGCGCCUCUUCAGCAUAGGCUACACCUCUACGGUGACCGAGUGGGAUCUCGAGAAGGGAAAGCCUAAGAGGCAUGCCAGCGGUCAGCACGGCGACAUCUGGUGCAUGGCCGCCCAGCCUGCUGGUUCCGACAAAACAACCCUUGGAGUCGAUUCUCAGGAUUCCACCAAGCUGGUUGCCGGUACAAUUGACGGCGAGCUCGUCAUGUACUCGAUCGAGGAUGAUGACCUCCGAUUUCAGCGAGUCCUCUUGCGAUCCCCGACCAAGAAGGCCCAGAUGGUCAGCAUCACCUUCCAAUCCCGCAAGGUCGCCAUUAUCGGAUGCUCCGAUAGCACGAUCCGGGCGUACGACAUCACAAAGGGCCACAUGUUGCGCAGGAUGACGCUGGGCUCUGACCUCGUCGGUGGAUCCAAGGACAUCAUCGUCUGGUCUGUCAAGUGUCUGCCUGGAGGCAACAUUGUUUCAGGAGAUUCGACUGGCCAGGUCUGCAUUUGGGACGGCAAGACAUAUACGCAAACUCAGCGAAUCCAGAGCCACAAGCAAGAUGUCCUCAGUCUUGCAACGAGCGCUGAUGGCACCUCGAUUCUCAGCGGAGGCAUGGACCGGCGCACAAUUCUCUACAAGCAGAAUGCUGGCACUGGCCAGCGAUGGAGCAAGGUCUGGGGCAGGAGAUAUCAUGAUCACGAUGUCAAGUCCAUGGCAUCGUUCGAGAGUGGCAGGAUCAGCGUUGUUGUGUCCGGAGGCCCCGAUGCUAAUCCCGUCGUGGUUCCCCUGAAGGAAAUGGGACGUGAGAACCACCGCAUCAUGUCAAGCUUACCACAGCAAGCGCCUCUUCUCAGUGCGCCCAAGGCUCGCUUCGUGGUCAGCUGGUGGGAACGAGAGGUUCACGUUUGGAUUCUCCGACAAUCAGCUACAGACAUGUUCAACGCCAAGGGCGACAAUGUCGACAUCAACCAGAACCGCAAGCUCCUCAAGACUAUUGUUGUCAAGGGAGAUUCGAAUAUCACCUCAGCCUCUAUCAACGCCGAAGGCACACUCCUCGUUGUCUCUACCGCCAACGAUGUCAAGGCCUUCACGCUAAGCCAUCAAGACCCCGUCAAGCCCUCGGAUGUCAAGAUGUCCUCUCUCGAGCUUCCCCAGAAGCUCACAACCAUUGGCGCCACAAAAGUCCAGCUCUCCCCCGACUCUCAGUGGCUCUGCGCAAUCCAAGAGGGGUCUCGGGUUGUGAUGGCCAAGAUUGGCCCCAAUGAGCCCAAAAACAUUUUCGCCUUUGAACCCCAAGUACAACGACUUGCACGCUUACGACGCCAAAUUCCACGUUACAUCCAGAAUGGCGGAUUGGGGGCUUACGACAGGACCAUCACACAUAUCGCCUUCUCAGCAGACUCCAAGGUGCUCGCGACGUCCGAUCUAGCCGGAUAUCUGGAUACUUGGAUCUUACCUGCCGAUGGGGAGACCAACGCCAAGUCUGAGGGUGACGCGUCCUCCUCGGACGACGGUGACUCCUCAGAGGAUGAGGAAGAUGCAUCGUCGAGCGUCAGGCAGUGGAUUCGUAACCCUAGUGCCAAGCUACUGCCCAAGCUGCCCUCGGCUGCUACAGUCCUCUCUUUCUCUGAGGACGUGCCUCAAGCGAAGGGCUCCGCCAACGGCGCAGUUGCCGCAUCCGACCAUGUCGAUGACUACACCCUCCUUGCUAUCACUUCGUCGUGGAGCCUGCUCACCUUCCACCCUCUCCAGGGUUCUCUCACUCCUUGGUCCCGUCGUCAUGCCCGAAAGGACCUCCCCGCACCUGUGCAGGAUCUUCUCGACCUGGCCAAGGGUGUUCUCUGGCAGGGCUCUCGCGCUUGGAUCUACGGCGUGUCCUUCCUGCUGAUGCUCGACCUGGCGCAGGAUCUCCCCAAGCCUACAGUGGAGAGUGAGGUCAGCGAUCCCACGGCCACCCCAGGCAAGCAAGGCCUCAAGCGGAAGAGGACCGGUCCUACUAGCGGUGCCGGAGGCAAGAUGGAGCAGGGAGCUCUCGUGCCCUCGCAGGUCCGCAAGCACACGGCCGGACAGUGGGAGGACAUCGAUAUGGACGACGCCCCACGAGCCGAGGACGUCGACAGCGACGAUGAGAUGGACCAGGCCGACGGCGAGCUCGCCCAACUGCGGAACCGUCAUGAGGAGAGCAACAACAACCUCGAGGUCGCAGAGACUGGCGGUGAGCGCAAGAGCUGGUGGAUGACAUACAAGUACCGGCCCAUCUUUGGUGUUGUGCCCCUAAGCCGGGCGGACCAGCCCCUCGAGGUCGCCCUGGUGGAGAGGCCGACGUGGGACGUGGAAAUGCCCGAGAGCUACUUUAGCGUUGAGCAGUGGCGGAGGUAA